AUGAUCUUCUUUGUCUUGUUUUGGUUUGUUUAAGGAUUAAUCAUUUGGAUAAUCGAUUAAAGAUCAAAAUUACAGUGUUUUUGUUUCGACUUUGGCUCAAAAUGCCAACGAUAAACUCCAAAGAUGCUGCUUCACGGAUCCGGCGAUUGACCAAGGCUGCGCUCAGAAAUAUUGCAACUUUGGACAGAUCAGUCAGCAAUCUGUGGGUUCUUUCGGAAAUACUAGGAAGGCUCGACGCGUUGCGGUCGCGCUGCGGUUUGAUGUAAAGAUUCGAAGUACCUUCAAAGUACAUUCAUGUCAACCGCGCGGCAGCCGUUCCGCCUUGAGCCAUUCCAAUUGCGACCAGCUUUUCCUCGGUUCUUCAACUGGACUGUAUAGUAUAUUCAUCAGAAGACUUCAAUCGGCGAAAAAUAUUUUUUGUAUCUUUUCAGGUGCUUCCUUUCAUUGCUGAAUGUGGGAUAAGAGGAAACACAAUAUCUCGUAUGUGGGAUUGCAUAAGUUCCCGACAUGAUCACUCAGAUUGCUGUAUCAACCAGGUUACAAAUAAUCGAAUUGUUUUCAAGCUAUUUAAUAUUAAAAAGAGAAUCGACGAAUAGGUUUCUAUAAAGACAUGAAAAUUAUUGAAAAAACACAAAAUCUCCUAUUUUCAGCCGCCAAUACUUGGUUUACCUAACCACAAUCGAGAAUCCAACGCAUUUUGGAUUCUCAAACAAUUUAGAACUGAAAAAUUUUAUAACUUUCGAAAAAAAAGCUCUUUGAAAAAGUGACCGAACCGACCGACUUCUCCAGCAUUCCACUCUAGUUCAUGAUUGCCAGUGCAUUGUAAAGCUUCGUUUAAAAACAUUUUCAAAGCUGCUACCUUUUUAUUUUGAGCGCAAUUCGUGAUUCUAUUGAUAUUUGAAACUGUUGUGAUGGAAUGUUCAAAUGAUUGAUUACAAGGAAAAAAUUUUUCAGCGCUUCGAGACUUUUCCUGACCUAAUUGCCAAAAAAUAUCAAGAUUAAAACGACUGAUCUUGCAAGGAAAAAGUGACUACUUAAGGGAGUAUCACCACUGUGCCGAGCUUUCUGCGACGCCAGAGGAUCCGUGCCUACCAAUCUUCUGGUCUACGGCGGCUGUGCCCAGGAGUUCGAGAAAUACCGCCUCUGCUUCCGCACUUAUCUCAAACACAAUCCCCCUAUCCGAGGAGGAUAA